GUUCAAUAGCUCUGUUCUGUCGUGUCCUCCUCCCCACAGUGAGGAUGAAGCUGCAGAGUGACCUUGUGGAGAGAGAAGAGCAGCGAUCUGGCACAUGAGCUGGACAUCAAACCAGUGCGUCUGUCAAGUGGACAUGGAGAGAGCAGAACCCUGAAGGCGUAUUCAUGGUCUGUAGAUCCCGUUACAUAUGAGGAUGAUGAUAUUGAAAGUCUUCUUGCUCCACAAGCAAAGUAAAGACAGCUUCAGCAGCAGGGAGAGGAGGAAGAGGAAGAAGGGAGGAAGAGCAGGGCGUAGCGCAGCAGACAGGUCCUCUGCAGGAUCCGGGGAGGUGGUUAUUGCUGAGGCUUCAGUAUGUUCUGCCUCUGUGAUACAAAGCUAAGAGAAUGAUGGGACAUCGGAGGCUAAGAGCAAGACGAACAGGAGAAGUAGGAGUCCCGGAGUCAUAGGGAGGAGUCGGUGAGUCAAAUGGAGGAAUCAAGUCAAAUCAGGAAUCAGGGAGUCAUAGGGCAUAGACAGUGAGUCAAAAGGGGGAGUCAAGAAGUCAAAUUGAGUCAGGGAGUCAUAGGGAGGAAGUAGCCAGAGAGAAAGAAGUAAGAGAGAAUGACAUGGAGGUCACAGAAGGAGAAGAGGAGAGUCUGGUCUGACUCAGUGUGGAGGAGGGAGCAACAGGAGAAGAGGAGAGUCUGGUCUGACUCAGUGUGGAGGAGGGAGCAACAGGAGAAGAGGAGAGUCUGGUCUGACUCAGUGUGGAGGAGGGAGCAACAGGAGAAGAGGAGAGUCUGUUCUGACUCAGUGUGGAGGAGGGAGCAACAGGAGAAGAGGAGAGUCUGGUCUGACUCAGUGUGGAGGAGGGAGCAACAGGAGAAGAGGAGAGUCUGGUCUGACUCAGUGUGGAGGAGGGAGCAACAGGAGAAGAGGAGAGUCUGGUCUGACUCAGUGUGGAGGAGGGAGCAACAGGAGAAGAGGAGAGUCUGGUCUGACUCAGUGUGGAGGAGGGAGCAACAGGAGAAGAGGAGAGUCUGGUCUGACUCAGUGUGGUGGAGGGAGCAACAGGAGAAGAGGAGAGUCUGGUCUGACUCAGUGUGGAGGAGGGAGCAACAGUAGAAGAGGAGAGUCUGGUCUGACUCAGUGUGGUGGAGGGAGCAACAGGAGAAGAGGAGAGUCUGUUCUGACUCAGUGUGGAGGAGGGAGCAACAGUAGAAGAGGAGAGUCUGGUCUGACUCAGUGUGGAGGAGGGAGCAACAGUAGAAGAGGAGAGUCUGGUCUGACUCAGUGUGGAGGAGGGAGCAACAGGAGAAGAGGAGAGUCUGGUCUGACUCAGUGUGGAGGAGGGAGCAACAGGAGAAGAGGAGAGUCUGGUCUGACUCAGUGUGGAGGAGGGAGCAACAGGAGAAGAGGAGAGUCUGUUCUGACUCAGUGUGGAGGAGGGAGCAACAGGAGAAGAGGAGAGUCUGGUCUGUCUCAUUGUGGAGGAGGGAGCAACAGGAGAGGAGGAGGAAAUUGAACAUGAUAGGGGGGAGGGCAGAGGAAGAAAAGGAAAUGGGAGAACGCAAGGAGAAUAUGACAAAAUGAGAAUAAAGGGAAUGAGACUGGCAGUCUCUAUGGGGGUGUCACAGGGUUCAAUUCUCAGGCCGACUCUUUUCUCUGUAUAUAUCAAUGAUGUCGCUCUUGCUGCUGGUGAUUCUCUGAUCCACCUCUACGCAGACGACACCAUUCU